CGGACGCCUAAACACUGUCGCCGUCCUUCUGUCGACGUACAGCAGAUGGAGAACUGCGAGGUACUCUUCCCGGGAGGCAGCAGCGGGGCCAACGCGUUCACCAGGCCAGAGCAGGAGAGGAAGCGCGGGCAGCCAUGGACGGAGGAGGAGCACAAGUUGUUUCUCUUGGGCCUGAAGAAAUAUGGCCGGGGGGAUUGGAGGAACAUAUCGCGCAAUUUUGUUCAGACCAGGACGCCUACUCAGGUGGUCAGCCAUGCGCAGAAGUACUUCAUGAGGCACAACUCCGGCGGCAAGGACAAGAGAAGAUCCAGCAUCCACGACAUCACCACAGUUAAGCUGAGCGACGACCAGGACCAGCCUCCGUCCUCGCCAUCCCAGUCCUCUCUGAUCACUGACCAGUUCAACGAAUUAGCUCUGACACCCGGCGCUGCGGAUUCGCCCUCCAAUUAACCUUUGCGGCUUUGCCGGACUACUGGGAUAUGUAUAUGCCAAUCUUUGGAAUGGGGUUUGCAAGAUCAACGCCUGCAGUGUGGCCCGUUCAAUUGGAUGGAAGCUAGAACAUAUUUUUUUUGGGUGCAGUUCAGUGUGCAGCACCAUGAAUCUAUCAGAUGGCUAUCUACUUGUUUAGUACACUGGGAGUGUUUCCAUGUUUGUUGUAUCAUCUUGUGUAAUAAACCUGGAAUUUAAUAAAAGCCUUCCUUUAUGGAAGAAAAGGAAGAUCUUUCUGCA